UUAUUGUAGGCCAUUUUUAAAUACUGAAAAUCCGUCCAUUUUUACAUACCAAAAAAACUGACAGUCGCGGUAGUGAAUAAGCGGCAUAUAUAUUUUUAAUAAGUAUAUAGUAUAUAAAUUUAAAUUAAAUGGCAAUAAUUAGUGUAAUUAAAUAAAUAAUAAUUUAAAAUGCAAGACAUUUGUUCAGAUAUUAGGACAGCGAUUGAUCAUGGUCGCACUGAUAUCCUUCGAUCUUUACUUGGUGCCUGUGACAAUGGCAACGUUGGCGAAGGAAUAACCAGAGAUGAAAUUUUAAAUCAACCAUUUUUAGAAGAAGGUACUUUUUUAUCUUACGCUUCAAAGACGAAUCAGGUUGAUGUAGUAAGAACAUUACUAAGUUGCGGUGCUGAUCCAGCGGUUAAAAAUGCACAUGGACGUAAUGCUGUUGAUGUUGCUGCUAGUGAAGUCAUACGUUUGAUUUACGUUGAAGAAUUAUUACGUGCUACUGCUGCAUCUGAAAUAGAUAGAGUUAUUCAAUUACUAGAAGCAGGCAUUGAUGUUAAUUCAUGGGAUUCAGAAGGUAGUAAAAAUACACCAUUGCACUGGGCCGCUUGUUACGGCAAUAAAGAUGUAGUUGCUUGUCUUAUUGAUCGCGGUGCUGAUGUUAAUGCCGAGAAUGGUUGCGGAGCGACGCCUUUGCAUGAAGCAGUCAAUCGUGGCGACAUAACAAUAUGCCAAGAAUUAUUACUUGCUGGUGCAAAUCCUCACACUCGUGCUCUACAAGGAACAUUUGCAAAUAAGAGUCCAUACGAUUUAUCACGAACAAAGCCAGCAAUAUUUGGCUUACUGCAACGUACUAUGCCGAAAGAAACUGACAGUGUUCAUAGUCCAGUAACAUACAGUGACUCAACAAAUUUUAGCCAGAAAAAUUUGUCAACGAAUAUGAGCCAGCUGUCAAUAGAUUCUGCUAAAUCAACAGAUCCUCUGUACGAUCCAACACUACCUGCCCUACGUGACCCAGUAAAUGACAACACGCAUCACCAUCACCAGAGUCCAAUAAGAUCUCAUGACAAAUCACCAACAUGGAAUUUAAUAUGGCCUGAACCCAAGAGUAUAAUUGAUUUGAGUCACUACUCGCCGCCUUUUAUUGCUGGCAAAGAAAUAUUUAUAUCAAUAAUCCAAGGAAGUGAAUCUAUUCACGAUAUCCUGGAUGUCUGGGAAGUAAGCCGUACGUAUUUGCUUGAACUAGGCCACGAUGUUAAAGUGGGCGAAGUCCAACCGGGAUCUGGAAGAUUCACUAGCGACAACAGGAUUGAAUGUAUCGUUAAUCGUAAAUUAUUUAAUAUAGCAGAGGGUUAUCAACUUCACAUAUCACAGAAUUCAAUAAAAGUUAGCGCGGGAAGUCUAGCGGGCUUACAUUACGCGGUGUGCACAUUCGUCCAGAUACUGCGUCUCAGUAAAAAUUCAAACUCACCGGAAGUUACGGAGAUCGAAUCCGUUUUGAUAAAAGACGAGCCGCGGUUUAUGCAUCGCGGGAUACUGCUCGACAUUUCUCCACGUGGUAGAACCCCGACACUGGAGUAUUUACUGCACACUAUAGAUCUAUGGUCGUCAUUCAAAGUAUCCCAUCUCCACCUGUAUUCAAGAUUAAAUCCCAGCUGUGAUUGGCAAUUGUGUUACACACGCUCCGAAAUGGUGACAUUGGAUCGGUACUGCCGCGAUCGCCAUUUGAAUCUAAUCCCAGCUCUAGACGUCGACUCAAACGUAAGCCAGCGUCAUUUGACGCAAAUGUGGCCAGUGUUUCAAGAACUACUCGCAAUAUUUCCAAGCUUGAGUUACGUGCACGUGGGCCCUAGACUUGCGAGCUUGCUGGUGCCACCAGAAAAUCUUGAUUUGAGCAACAGUAUUAACGAGACCGUAGAAACUGACAUGUCUGAAGUAUUUAAAUCUUAUUCGUGUCUCCAAGAACUCUGGCACAUUCUAAAUUUAAAUUCCGACACAACUCUGCUACUCUGUAGCAACGGCUUGCAUUCAAAACCCGAGUUCAGAAGCGUUCCUAGCAACGUGAUACUUGUCGAGUACGGAUUCCAAGCAGACUACGACUUCUCCGAGUGGACUGAAUCCUUUAAAACAGCUGGAGGCAAUGUGCUGCCGUCCUCAGGUACCGCGAGCUACAACAGCUUAGCCGGUUGUCCUGGAUCGACUUUGAUAAACACAAGGAACGCAUUGAAAAUGGCCAUUGAACAAAAUUCAAUUGGUAUUGUCGUGGCUCACUGGUCAGGAAGUCACCAUCUAACUCCGCACCCUUUCUCGUGGCUCGGAUACCUGAUAGCCGCUGGUCUUUCUUGGAACCCUUCAACAGAAAUCGAACUAGGUCCUGUUGACCUAUACGACAACCCAGAGGUUGCUAAUUUGAUUAAACGUCAGCGGUAUUUGACCAGUAUUUUAAACAUCCACGUUUUCCAAGACCUGGAACACAAAAUCGGCGGUACUAUUCUUGAACUAGGACGCGUUGACACUUUGGUAUUAACGCUCAGUAAAAACCAGGAUGCCAAUGACUUGCAACAGAUUCCUGACAACCGGGGAUCGACGCUCUACAGAUUGCUCACUGAUCCUGAUAAUGUUAAUUUGGAAUAUUUGUCUGCUGAUUUAUUCGCUAGAAUGACCAAGCAAAUAAAACGCGUGACUCAUGCAUUGUAUGAAGCGAAUGUAACUGCAAAAUUUGGAUCAAUGGACAUACAGGAAUUGCAAUUAACUGCUGAUUUAAUGGUGACGGCGUGUCGUAUUGGUCGCACGCUUAUUGGUGUUGGUGUAAAUCCAAACAGCAAUAUGGGCCUAGCUGUUAUUAAUCUCGGUGUUUGUAAUUUACCACCGACAUUUAGAACUGACAUUGCUAAUAAAAUGUUAGCACACAUUGAACAGUACAAAGGAGCUUGGUUACAAAGACAUUUACCACAAGGUCUUCAGAGUUCAUUGCUAGUCUUAACCAGUGCACUUCAUCGUUUUGUACCAGAGUCUUCGUAGUACUGAUUUAUUAUUACUAAUUUUUAUUUCUUUAUUAUCACUGAUGAUAAUAAUAAU